GUAUGCUUCAGUGAAGGAGAGGAAGAAAGGAAAAAGAAGGAAAGCAACUGGAAAAGUGGAAGAAAAAAUUAAAACAGUGGUGACAAAUUUUUUUCCGUGAUCGGAGAUCAUCACAAUCAUCGGUGUCAAUGGCGGAUCGGAGCAGAGGCUUUAUGAGAGAUGAAUUCGUGACCUAUGCUUACAUUCUUCUUUAUAUCGCCCUUUCUAGCGGUCAAAUCUUUUUCAAUAAGUGGGUUUUGUCAUCUAAGGAAAUAAACUUCCCUUAUCCGCUUGGAUUGACUUUACUUCAUAUGAUCUUUUCCUCUGUCUUGUGCUUUAUUCUUACCAAAGUUCUUAAGAUCGUGAAGGUUGAGGAAGGAAUGACACUAGAAAUAUAUGUUACAUCAGUUAUUCCAAUAGGUGCGAUGUUUGCAAUGACCCUCUGGUUGGGAAACACUGCCUAUCUGUACAUAUCAGUUGCAUUUGCCCAGAUGUUGAAGGCUAUAAUGCCUGUUGCUGUGUUUAUCCUUGGAGUAGCUGCUGGACUUGAAAUCAUGAGCUGCCGGAUGCUUUUGAUAAUGUCUAUCAUAAGUUUCGGUGUUCUAGUGGCCUCUUAUGGGGAAUUAAACAUCAACUGGAUCGGAGUGGUUUACCAAAUGGGUGGUGUCGUUGGAGAAGCCCUGCGUCUUAUCUUCAUGGAAAUUCUUGUCAAGAGGAAAGGCAUCAAAUUAAACCCAAUCUCACUUAUGUACUAUGUGAGCCCCUGCAGUGCUAUUUGCUUGUUUGUACCGUGGAUCUUUCUAGAGAAAUCGAAGAUGGACGGUAGUGGCACUUGGAACUUCCAUUUCGUAGUGUUGACCCUUAAUUCCCUCUGCACAUUUGCUCUCAACUUGUCUGUUUUCCUGGUGAUUUCUCACACGAGUGCUCUCACUAUCCGAGUUGCUGGUGUUGUCAAGGAUUGGGUGGUUGUUUUGGUCUCAGCUCUUCUUUUCGCCGACACAAAACUCACAAUCAUCAAUCUUUGUGGUUACGCCAUUGCCAUUGCCGGUGUAGCUGCUUACAACAACCAUAAGUUGAAGAAAGAAGCAUCCAGAGUUACCACUGAAACUCCAGGAGAUGGUGAAUCUAUACCGUUGGUAUCACAGGCUGAUUCAGAGAGGUAAUCUUUGAUUGAUUGUUUUGUGAUAUGUACCGUCCAAUUUCUAUUAACUUAUACAAAAUACUCUGUACCUGAACAAGAAAAAAUAUUUAAAUCAAUUUUUCUCCAAUUGUCAUGAUUUUAAUCACAACCUUUGGUAUGUGUACUGUAGUUGAUAUAUGAUCGUUGAGCGAAUAUGUUUGAUUUGUUUCCU